AUACCAAAUCUGGAAGGCUGUUACCCUGUAUGCCCAGAAGAUAAGCCCAUAUAUGAUGAGCACAACCAGAUUUGUGUGCAGGAAUGUGAAGGUUGCUUUUACAAUGGGACCAGAUAUGAAGAAAAUGAUGUCAUUUACAAUGUGACUGAUAAUUUGGGAAAGUGCUACUAUGCAAUUUGCAUCAAUGCAACAGUGAAAAUUGAAAAUGAAACCUGCGUCACUUCAACUGUCCCACCGUCAACUUCAUCAACAACAAUUUUCACCACUUCACCUACAACAACUCGAGGGCCAACAACUACCACACAGUCCACUACCCCAACAACCAAACCAUCUACGACAACUCCAGGUCCAUCUACAACCACAAAGUCUACAACCCCAACAACCGAACCACCUACGACAACUAUGGGGCCAACCACAACCACAUCUGGCAGUAAGUGUGAGUGGUCAGAAUGGUACAAUGUGCAUGACCCAACAACAGACAAAAGUGACUGGGAAACAUAUGAGAAUAUAACAAAUAGUGGAAAAGAAAUUUGCAAAAGACCUGAAGAAAUUGACUGUAGAGCAAAACUUUAUCCUGACAUGGACUUCGAUGACUAUCGGAGUCAAUCGGAACAAGUUGUCACUUGUGAUGUGGGAAUUGGUUUAAUAUGCAAACAAGAGGAGCAGUUGAGACCUCCAAGAAAGUGUCGCGACUAUGAGAUCAGAGUAUGUUGUGAAACAACUCCAUCAACUACACUUUCAAGUACAAAAGAGACAACAGCAAUAUCUACAACAGAACCUCCUACUACAUCUACGACCACAAAAUCUACGACCCCAACAACCAAACCACCGACAACAACUCCAGGGCCAACUACUACCACACAGUCCACGACCCAAACAACCAAACCACCUACAACAACUCCAGGGCCAACUACUAUAUCACUGUCAUCUGGUGAAUCUGGAUCGACUGUGUCUGCGAAGGCGUAA